AUGAACACUAAAUCAAUUUCCAUUACCAUUUUGGUAAUGUUUUUAUUAUCUUCAUUCUAUGUUCAAUCUGCUGAAAUAGAUUAUUGUGAUACUUUAAAAUAUGCUCUUAUGUUUUAUAAAUAUAAUAGGGCUGGUAAACUACCAGAUAAUGACGUACCAUGGCGUGGUGACUCUGUGUUGGUAGAUGGUGCUUUGGCCGGUGGUUAUUUCGAUGCCGGUGAUCAUGUCAAGUUUGCUCUUCCAAUGGCAUAUUCUAUGACCAUGUUGGGUUGGGCAUUCCUCUCAUAUGAAUCCAACAUUGAUUCCUGUGGUCUUACUCAAUUGUUCCUCGAGGAUAUCAAGUAUGGUGCCGAUUGGUUGAUUGCUGCUCACACAGCACCCAACGAAUUUGUUGGUCAAGUCGGUGAAGGAAAUCUCGAUCACUCAUGGUGGGGACCACCCGAGCUCUUGAACAUGGAUCGUCCACUAUACAAAUUGACUACCUCUGCACCAGGAACUGAAGUUGCUAUGGGAGCUGCUUCUGCCCUCGCUGCAGCCUCUAUUAUCUUUGCAAAUUCAGAUCCAGCCUACUCUGCCACCUGCUUGUCUCAUGCCCAACAACUCUAUCAAUUUGGUGACAACUACCGUGGAAAAUACUCUGAUUCCAUUCCAGAUGCUGCCAUGUUCUACAAUUCAUCUGGUUACUCCGACGAUAUUGUGUGGGGUACUAUCUGGCUCUACAAAGCUACUGGAGACGCUACCUAUUUAAAUAGAGCCAAAGCUGACUACGCUGCAUACCAAAUCAACUAUAUGGCUCCAGGAAAUUCUCACGAUUGGGAUAACAAAGCUCCAGGUUGUACAAUUCUAAUGGCAAAGAUUACCGGUGCCGCUAACUUCCAGAAUGACGCAGAAACAUUCUUGAACUCAUGGUUACAAGGUGGAUCUGUAAAAUAUACUCCCGGUGGAUUGGCUUGGCUUCGCCAAUGGGGACCAACUCGUUAUGCCGCCACAACAGCUUUCUUGGCUGCCGUCUAUGGUGGUGAUAAAUAUCUUGCCUUCACCCAAAGUCAAAUCGGUUACAUGCUUGGUAACAAUCCAAAUCAACAGUCAUUUGUAGUUGGUAUAGGUCCCAAUGCUCCUAUCGAUCCACAUCAUCGUGCUGCACAUCACUCUUUAACCAACGAUAUUAACAAUCCGGUUCACAACCUCUAUCUCCUCAAAGGAGCACUUGUUGGUGGUCCAGCUAAUGAUGAUACCUACACUGAUGACCGUACCAACUACAUUACAAAUGAAGUUGCAUGUGAUUACAAUGCUGGUUUUGUUGGUGCUUUGGCUGCUCUCGUAAACCCAAGCUCAACACCAACACCAACUCAAACUCCAACUCAAACUCCAACUCAAACUCCAACUGAGACUCCAACUCAAACUCCAACUGAGACACCAACCGAGACUCCAACACAAACACCAACCGAGACUCCAACCCAAACCCCUACUGAGACUCCAACCGAGACUCCAACAGAGACUCCAACCGAGACUCCAACUGAGACUCCAACCCAAACUCCAACUGAGACUCCAACCCAAACUCCAACUGAGACUCCAACUCAAACUCCAACCGAGACUCCAACCGAGACUCCAACUCAAACACCAACCGAGACUCCAACUGAGACUCCAACUCAAACUCCAACUGAGACUCCAACUGAGACACCAACUGAGACUCCAACUGAGACUCCAACCGAGACUCCAACUGAGACUCCAACUCAAACUCCAACUGACACACCAACUCAAACUCCAACUGAGACUCCAACUCAAACUCCAACUGAAACUCCAACCCAAACCCCUACCGAGUCUCCAACUGACACACCAACUCAGACACCAACUCAAACACCAACUCAACCAUCUGGAUCUUGUCAAGGAAAGAUUUCUCAGAACGUUGUAUCUACAUGGUUGAACAAUGGCGUACAAUAUAAGCUUGUAAAUGUGGAAAUUACAAACAUUGGUACAUCCAAGAUUAACUCUCUUCAGUUCAACUUGGAUCCAAAGAUUCAACAGAUUUGGGGUGUUACGAACACUGGAGAUGUCACCUACACUCUUCCAGACUACCAAGUUGGUUUGAGAGUCGGAGAAACCUUUGUAUUUGGAUAUAUCAUACAAACAACAAUCAACGUUGAAUACUCGAAUGACCAAUACACAUGUUAG